AUGCACCCGCAGCACUUCCUCCUGGCUGCAUGGGGUGGGGAUGUAGAGAAAGUCCGGAGGGGGCUGGAGGAAGGACUGGACGUCAAUACAAAGGAUGGGAAUGGAGACACAGGUCUGCAUGAAGCGUGUAGAGGAGGUCAUGACAAGGUUGUGGAGCUGCUCAUCAAGAACGGUGCUGAUAUCAAUGUGACUAACGAGGACGGAUACACGGGUCUGCAUGAAGCGUGUAGAGGUCAUGCCAAGGUUGUGGAGCUUCUCAUCAAGAACGGAGCUGAUCUCAAUCCGACUAACAAGCUGUGGCAGGCGCACUGUGAACGGCUGGGAGACUAUUUCCGAUGUGGUGAAGGAGAGUGGUGGACAGUUACAGAGGAGGGAGUUGCCUUCCACGAUGGACCAUCCCAUCCCGACAGCCGUCCUUCAGGACCUCACAUGUUCCACUUCCGAAGCAGCACACUGGAGACAGUUCACGAACAUCAGCGCGAUUCCUGGCAAAAGUGCAUGCAGGACAAUGUGGUGGUUCCAUUGCGAAAAAUUUACAUAUACGAGAAGGAUGGAGAAAGGAACUUGACAGAAGUAAAGUAUACAGACUUCCUCCCACCCUGUGAAGGAAGUUCAGAAGAGAUGGAGGCAGCCUUAAAUGCUGAGUGCUAUGACGUGAUGGAGGAUGACAGUUCUGCUGAUGAGCCUGUGGAGCAAGUGCGGGAGGUAGAAGAAGUCUGCAAUCUCCUGGCCUUUGAAGAUGACAGAACUGUACACAGUGAACAGCAGCAAAACGAGAUGUCAACUGCAAGCUUGCCACCCACUGUGACCAAUCAGAGCCCAGGUGCUGCCUUCUUGCCACCACUAGCUGGGACCCAUGCUGUCCAAUCAAGCAGUGAUCCUCCAAGCUCGACACCUGCCGUGACCAAUCAGAGCCCAGCUGGUACAUUUAUGUCACUACAGAUUGGGAACCAUGCUGUCCAAUCAAGAUGUUCUGACAGUACUCCCCAAAGAGAAGGCAGGAGGGGCAAGGCAGAGCCAAUUCAGCUGUUUUCAGCCAAGCCAUCUCUGUGUUCAAGAGAGGAAAGGGACAAAGAAGGGAAGCAGUCUUCCUGGUCCAGGAACCUGUACAAGCUUCUUGGAGACACUCAAGAGGUCUCAACAUUUGAGAGACUACGAGAGAAGAUGAGAGUGCCUGGGCAUGUUAGGAAUGUUAUCAAGCCUGACUAUGAAAAAACUGUUGCAGUGCUGCAAACGAAAGUCAGCAGGUGCUACUCAGACUUGAAAAGAGACGUGGAAAUCUGGGAGAGACAAUUUAUGUUUGAACAUAACUGUGCUUGCCCCACGUUGGCUGAUGUCAAUGAAGCGCCUGCUGAUAUUAAAGUCCUCUAUGAGAAUUUAAAGCUAGCAAAGUCUCUCAUGAAAGCAUUUGGAAUGAAUUGAUGCUGUUGCCAUUUGCGGUUUCAGUUUGAUAGUUAACAUUGGGUGAAGAUUAGAUUGAAUAUUCUGUAAUUGUUCACAAUGAUGUCUAUAUGCACCUAACUAGUGUGUACAUGUAAAAUUGGAGCUCAGUAUGUCGUGUAGACAUUUCUGCUGUGUAUGCCCACCUAACCUGCACAGGUCCACCUGCAUUGUUUAUGUGAAUGUUUGUUACUAUUUUUUAUGUACUGGUUGGUUAUACCCUAUACAAAUUAAGAAAUUCAUUUUUUCUAAGAAUCUCUCACUGAGACCUUUUUGUGUAGAAAAAAGGGAUCCCUAAUGAAGGUAAAAUUUGGCUUGGGUACAUUAGUAAUUCUUAAUGUUUAACAAUUCCAGUACCCUUUGCCUUUAGUCUGAGGGAAUGUUUUGGGCUCAAGUGCCUUAGUUUUGGGGAAUACUACCAGGUAAGCAAUAAACAAGAAUUGGUGCCAUCAGAUAAAAAAUCACGAUGGAGACAAUCAAAUUUGACUUGACAUGAAUUUUCAUGAUUAGGACCUGAAUCAUCAGGCGAAACUAAGAGAAGUUCUUAUAUGAAAAGCUGUGAGAACAGAUAAGAGCAGAUAGUAAUGAAAUUCAUUCAUGGCAGGCCAUAUGAAAUGCAGAAUACAGGGUAUGGAAUGCAGAAAAUAAAUGGCCAUGAUUAGUGAUGUAAAGCAAAUGCACAUU